AUGUGUAUAAACAAGGAGCGAGUGUUAAGAUGCUACAAAUUGAUUCAGGACAAGAUAGCAAUGGGAACCACGGUCAUCAAAUCGGUUGGAUCAUCAAUGUUCUAUGUGCCGCAAAGCCCGAUAGGCGUGUUGGAUGCUGAUGUAUGUCUCAGCCAACAGAGUGAUGAUACUGUUGUUGGAUCUCCAGCAACAUGA